UGCUGAAUACCAAUAAGAGGAAGCGCCAUCUGUUCGCUAAUUAGAUUACACUAAAAAAUGUUGCUUGCGCUUAAAAACAAUGCAAGCAACAUGUGUUUUUAAGCCAAAUAAUAAAUCUAUAACAACAACGCGAUGAGUAAGCAUAUAUGCACGCGUUGGGCGUUCGAUUUGAGUACAUGGAGACCAACGCUGCCGCAACUGACGCAGGCAGUGUCAGCCAUUCAGCCCGAGGAGCGUGUGCGUCUGAUGAAAUUUCAUUUUAUUGAUGACUUUCUAUCCUCGCUAAUUGGACGGCUAUUAAUGCGGAAAUUUGUAAGCACGUGCAGCGGCGAGAACUAUCAUCAAGUGCAGUUUGCGCGUGAUGUGCGUGGCAAACCCUAUUGGGUGCAGCAAAAGGCAAAAACAACAACAACAGCGCUUAGCUUCAAUGUUUCACAUCAAGGCAAGCUGGUAGUGCUCGCUGGCAUUAGGGGUAGUCCCACUGAUGGCGAAUUUGGCAUUGGAGCUGAUGUCAUGAAAAUAGAGCACAAUAGUGGUAAAUCGCUGACGGAGUUCUUUCGCCUUAUGCAAAGCAAGUUUUCAACACAGGAAUGGAACUACAUUUGCCGGCCACAGCACAAUGAACGCGCUCAGCUCAAAGCUUUUAUGCGACAUUGGUGCCUGAAGGAGGCUUAUGUUAAGGAGCUAGGCGUGGGCAUUACUGUGGAUCUGCAGCAGAUAAACUUCUCCGUAGACACCACACAUGCAUUGGAGGAGGCGGUAUCGCCUCUUUGUGCCUCCAGCUUGCGUUACAAUGGCACGCCCAUGACCCAAUGGCAUUUUGAGGAGCAUUUGCUAACCCCCACAUACUGCGCUGCCAUAGCAUUCAGAAAUUGUCAGCCAGAGCAGCAUGCCAAGUUUGAAUUUCUGCGCUUGGAGCAGCUAUUGGAGCAUAGCUCAAAUGAGAAGCAGCCUGAGUUAAUGGAUUACUGCAAGCAAGCACUGCUCAAGCCAUAUAAGCAGCAAUAAUAGUUUAAGACUGCAAUUGUUGUUUUUUUAUAUAUAAUAAAUGCCUUUUGUAUAUUUUUGCAUAAA